GCAAGCAGGAGUUUGAUAUUUUUUGUUCAAGAUCAUCUAGAGGUGCGCUGACGGGUCGUUUCAUAAGGUUUCCAUAUUUCACCAUCAUGCCGACUUCUGUCAACAUCGUUGCAGACCAUCCGCAUCCGAUUCCUAUUUUCCCGAUGUCCCUAAUUUCUCCCGAUUCCUUUUCCUAGUUCCCCCGAGUUUUUUUCUCAGAAGAAUUUGACUCAACAGAAACGACUCAUUUCGGAGGAGCCCUCUUCUUGUUGGUGAUGUAGCAUGAGUCUUUGAGCCUCUUCUUGGAUUUAUUUUAGAUUGUGUGGAGCUGGAGACUAUUAUCUAUUUCUUCCACGCACCACAAGACAAAAAAAUUGAAAUUUUUUUUUUUUCAACUCCCACAUUGUCAUCGGCCUUCGAAAUGAAAUACCUUAUGAUACAAUAUACUAGGCAGAAAUUCAGAUCUUUCAUUGAGGUAUUACGGUUCUGGGAAAAUGUCUCUUCUCACCUCCAGUGACAAAGAGAAGCCACUCUUACAAGAUUGGAAAGCAAGUUCUGAAAUUCGCAGUGGUCAGAGCAGAGGGACAUUGAGAGCCGCGGGGGUCGCAGGAACUCAAAAACCCGUUGCCAGAAAUGAUGUUGGAGUAGAGACCGCACUUGAAGACAAAAGGUGGAGCAAUAUUUCGCAUCUUCUGCCAGGAAUUCUAAGUAUACUAGCGGCUGUUGGAUUUGCUCGGAAUCUACAAAUCGAGUUCACAACUGGCGUAUUGUGUUAUGACAAGCAAGGGUUCUUUUGAUGUGUUACAUAUGAACAUUCUGGCUCUGUAAGACCCAGUUGUGCAUUGUAGAUUCAUUCUAGCUAUAUUUUCUUGCAGGUUAAUCUUUCAAAGUCAAAAGCCUGUAUGUGCAUCUCUAAUCUUUGGAUGCUGUGACAGACUCGCCACACACAAAUGCCAAAGGCUUUUCACUCUGGACACACCUUGCUGGGAUGCUCGUGUGGACAGGAGCAGCCGUUUACCAGUUUUUAUACUUACGAUCAAUGUGAUAUGCGUUUGCCUUAAGAUCACACAAAUACGAGAUGUAGACUGUCUGAUGUGAUGUGUGUUUCGACUAUAGAAUUGGUUUUGAUUUGGCCGCAUCAAAAUGGAUUUGUUAUAUGGAAUACAAAUGGAAGCUGGCUUGCGCUUGAUCUCGGGAUUAUUGGCUGUUGGAAGUAGAUCGGGACUUGAAUUCGCUUAAGUGAUGAAUGUGUUACCCACUGUCAUCACUUAAGCGGGCUUUCGCUUGAGUUGUGACUCUGUCCAUUGUGAUCACCACCUUCGCUUAAGUGGUGACUUCGUCACUCAGCUUCACCACUCAAGCGUGCUGUCGCUUAAGUGGUGAAGGUGUCACUCGAGGCACUUGGGGAUGCCCCCUAUAAAGUGCUUCCAGUCUGCUCAUAAGUGUUUCGUUAACUGCUUCGCUAAGUGCUCUGCGAAACACUUAAGGGGCCCGCCUGUUAAGUGCCUCAGUAAGGGGCCUGCCCGCUAAGUGCCUCGUUAGCUGCCUCAUGAGGCAUCCCUUAAGUGCCUCGUUAAGUGCCUCACGAGGCACUUAAGGGGCCUGUCCGUUAAGUGCCUUGUUAAGUGACUCCUGAGGCAUUUACGGGACCUGUCCGUUAAGUGCUUCGUUAAGUGUCUCAACCUGUCCGUCAGCUGCCAUCCUGGGCACUUGGACAACCUACCGGGUAGGAGCAAAAGCCACCUUUAGUUACUGCAUGAUUAAAUUUGUUCGAAGAUCAAGAUAGAUUUAUCGUUUUGAUUCCCUUGUUGUUGCGUAACUAUGAGUUGUGCCUUGUGGUAGAAGUCAAGGUAGAUGUAGAUUUUCUACAUAGAUUCAAGAGUAGGCUAAGCUUUUCUUCCGGAAUGCUCAUAGAUUCAAGAGUAGGCUAAGCUUUUCUAACCCACUCGGGGACCUAUACGAAGCAGCGUCACGAACAAUUGUUGGGCAGAACGGAGAAGAAGGCUAUAAACAGCAACGAUCUCCACAAGAAUGCAAACAAUGACAAUCUCUCCCUAGAAAUAGACCAUGAUCAAGCUGCAAACCCAAACUAUAUUGAGAUCCUAUCAGCACAACAAGAAGAGGACGACAGCGCGGACGUGGAAUUUUUGUACAAGACGUACGUGGCGCACAAAACAGUAGGAGAAUACAUCGCGUUGCCAGCACUUUUUAUUAAGAUUGAUAGUUGAGAAGAGAGUAGCAAGCGGCAUUGAGUAAGCCUGUUUCCUCUCGAGAUACAAUCGCAAAAACAGCUAUAAGUCAAGUGUACGCUUUCUAUAGAAGCUAUUGGGCUAUGAUAUACAAGACAAAUCUGAAUGUUGAACGGUAUCAGAAGAUUUUACACUCAACUCUUUAAUUUCCUUGGCGGAUUUGCAGCGGCAGUUUGGUGGCAGAAUGCUUUUGGGGCACCGCCUACCUCACCAGUAUAUUGGUACACCGUAGGUCUUUUCCUGUGCAGUUCCGUACAACUCUCCCGUGGCAUACAUCAUGGAAGACAAGUAAAGGUUAUGUACGAAAGCAACUUCAAUCAUUGUUCGUCAGGAACGCAAGUAGAAGUGGGUCUAGAUUUAUUUCAGGACCUUCUAGAUGAUGAGUGUGACGAAGGCCACACCACGUCACCCAACACUGGGUUCAAAGACAUGACAACUACGCACAAUCGAGAAAAAUCAGCUCACCAUCAUUUGUCUAAUCCAUUCGACCGUAGGAGAGAUCGCGAAUCUGGAGUGGUACCAGGACAUCAACCUUCUUCUGGGCCGUCACCUUCUGCAGAACAUGAACCUACAAACCUAGGAUCCGACUCCCCAGAACAUCGCGCUGAAAUUCUGUCCGACUCUCCAAAACAUCAACCCACAACCUUAUCAGAUUCUCGAUUAACGCUUCAUCGGAUGUAUAUGUUCGUAGCAGUUUUGUGGGCGGUUGAUCCGGGUUUGCACCGCAUAGUUUUCUGGUCUCGCAUACUGGCUUGCUAUUUCGAAACAACGAGAGCAAUGUUUUUUCCAGUGGUUAUGGUGAAAAAAGGGAAUGACUCAAGUCAGUUUUUUAGUUUGGAUUAGUAGAGUAUGAGUAGUCAUUCUGAAACCAUACAUUUGGUGGUGAUGAAAGAGUGAAGUUUACUGUUCCUCUCGCUAUCGGUAUUGGUGAUCAUUUAUUUAUUAGUUUGGAGGUAGUCAUUUAUUUGCCGGACGAUGUGAAGUUUGCUGAAGAUCGGCUAGAAGUCGGGUGAUCAUUUUUUUUCUAGGAUACGAAGAAGAUGGAGGAAAUAUUAGAAUGAUCAGUUCAAUUUGUAGUUCUUUAUAGUACGACCACAUCUACUUCGAACAAGCAACUUUGUGUAGAGCAGGACGCUCCCGAGGAUGUUCCCCUUUCAUCGCUUGCACAACCUUCGACGAAGCAAAGGACGAUGAUGCGGGUCACAUGCUAGUCCUGUCUCUCGGAAAAUUGCCGGUGAACCUGGUGCUCUUCGCUGCUCUAGCGUGGGCUUACCAGGAAAAUGAGAGACCAAGAACUGAGGAGAAGUCGAGUGCAGUUGGAGAGCGGCAAGCAAAGAAUGGACUAGGCAAGGAUCUUCGAGACUCAAACACGUCCAGAGCAGCAAUCGAUCGCGAAUCAACGUUAGUCUUAGGAGGUAACUUAGCUCUCAUUUCCUUCUGGUUCUGGGGUGGAUUAGGAAUGCAAGUGAUGGCAUUUUCCGGCUUGAAUCACUUCUGCCGAGGAUGCGUCAUCCUUCUGCCACUCGCCUACAUAUGCCUCUUUCGCCGUCUAGUAGUAAAACGACAUUUGGAGAACGCGAGGAGAAGGCUGUGGCAGUAG